UAGCAGUUGUGCUGUGUUAUCUGUCUGUUACCGUGUUCAAUGUGUUGAAUUGGUUGCAUAUUGUUGUGAAGUUAAAUAUUGAAAUUUAAAAUGGCACCAAAGGGUGAAGAUAUUUUGAAAGGUUUUCAAGUAAAUUGGAUGAAUUUACGAGAUGCCGACACUGGAAAAAUUUUAUGGCAAUUAAAUGAAGAUCUGUCUGUCCCAGAAAUAGAACAUGAAGCACGGGUACCAAAGAAGGUGCUGAAAUGUCGAGCAGUAUCUCGAGAAAUAAAUUUCUCUUCUGUUGAACCAAUGGAAAAAUUUAGACUGGAACAGAAGAUAUUAUUUAAGGGGCGAUGUCUUGAAGAAUGGUUCUUUGAAUUUGGCUUUGUUAUUCCAAAUUCUACAAAUACAUGGCAAUCAUUAAUAGAAGCAGCACCAGAGUCACAAAUGAUGCCUGCAAAUGUUUUGAAUGGGAAUGUUGUUAUUGAGACUAAGUUUUUUGAUGACGACCUUUUGGUGUCAACAUCAAGAGUUCGCCUAUAUUAUGUAUGAAGAGUCAACAUCAAGAGUUUGUUUAUAUUGUGCUUGAAGGUAUAUAAUGCCAGGAGGACGAAUUUGUGGCAAAAUACUUUUUAAUGCACACUUCUUCCUUCAUCUCAUGGCAUCAGUUUCUUGUGAUUAAGUAAACAAUAUCACAUGUGAUCCGUCUCAUAUAGUACUUGCAGAGCCUAAAAGUACAGCGAUACAAUAUUUCAACAUUCUUAGUGAUGCACUUGCAGUGUUAUAUUUUAGACUGUUAGUGUUUUGAAUUGCUUUUCUCUGAGCUUUCUGUUAUGUGUCUGUUCACAUGUUAAAAACACUGACAGUACAAUUACAGGUAUUUCAUAUUCAGGGUUUCAUAGGUUGUUAAAAAAAUUCUGCCCAAAAUGUAAUAGAGUUUAAUUCAGGAAUUAUAGUAUUGUACUGACUGAAACAGGAUUAUAAGAUAUAUAAGAUGGAGAUAAAGACUUGUUUUCCUCAAAUUUUCCCCUGUAUUUACAUUUCCAAAGUUUGACUUCUUAGACCACUUUCAUAAAUAAGAUAUAUUCAUUUCUACCACCAGCAGUAAAAAUGGUUUAAAUGAACUGCGCUAGUUUGAAAGCUGAUACAUUCACAGCUCACUGUAUUCUAAGCAAAUUCUGUGUUUUAAUUACCAGGUGAAUUGUUACAUUUUGUAUUUGAUAAUAAUAGAUUGUACAAACAUAAAAAUUAAUUCAGUAUUAUGAUGCUAGAAGCAACUGAAUACUAAGCUGUUUUUAUUUCUGAAACAUACUCUUAGUCCUUCACUUAAUUAUUCCCAUUAAAUUAUUUGCUGAGCAUCAGUGGUGUCACUGUAUAUAAACUUUGAUGCACAAGGGAAGCAGUUAUUGCUUAACAAGUUUUCCUUAUUAUAGAUGCACAGAACAUGUUUAUAAUUAUUUUAUGGUAUGUACUUCGAGGUAUAAUUUUUGUGAGUUGUCUUAUGAUAUAAUAAUUAUAGUCCCAUUUUGAAUGGACGUUCAUGUAAUUGUGUGCAGGAUCACUGCAUAGUUUGUGCACUUGGGACCAACGAUGUAACAACUGUUAAAUCCCUUAUACUAGAUAAUAUAUUUGUAUAAAAUUGUAAGUUUUAUUAAAAUAUUGUUUUUAUAGAG